AUGGAAAAUGAAGAUGGCUAUAUGGUAUUGGAUUACAGGAAUAUUUUAAAAUCCAGACAGAGGCCUAAAGGUACAGAUAAAAAAAUGGAUUUCUCCCAGAAAGUAAAUAUCAGCCGUCUAGCAGGAAAUAAUUAUUUGUGCCCCAAAGACUGGCUACUGAACCAAGAGAAAUGCUACAGGUUUUCAAUUUCUUCUAAAACUUGGAAUGAGAGUCAACACGAUUGUGCAAAUCUACAGGCACAUUUACCAGUGAUCCAAACUCUGAAUGAGCUGGAAUUCAUACAGAAGACUUUAAAACCUGGAAAUCCUGGUUGGAUUGGACUACAUAGUAAAUCCCCACGAAAACAAUGGAUGUGGAUAAACAAACACCUUUUUGUGGAACAAAAUGAUUUUCUCAUGAUUGGACCAACGGAUCACGAGAGCUGUGCUGUCAUAACAGGAAAGCAGGUAUAUUCUGAGGACUGUAACUCCAAAUUUAAUGGCAUUUGCCAAAGAGACGCUGUCUGA